CGGGACGCGCUGCCCGCGGGGUGGGGCCGGGCUGGGCUGUCCCGGCACGGCUCGGCUCGGCUCCGCACGGCCGGACCUCGCUCCUCCCGCCCGACCCCCCGGCCCCGGCCCCAUCCCGGCCGCCCAUGGGGAGUGCGGCCCGGCGGCGGCCCGGCAGCAGGAGGCAGGGGGGAGGCUCCCCCGGCGGCCCCGCUCGCCCGUAGCCCGGCGGGGCAUGCCCGGCCCCAGGAUGCCGGCCUGGGGGAUCCUGCCCGUCACGCUGCCUGCCUUCACCAUCACCGGCAUGUGGAUCGUGUACGCCAUGGCGCUCUCCAACAACCACAUCUGCCCGGUUCACAACUGGACUUACAACCAGUCGUGUGGCGUGGAUGGCCCCGGCUCCUGCUGCACGCUGGACCACAUCCCCCUCGUCAGCAAGUGUGGCACCUUGCCUCCUGAGAGCUGCUUCUUCAGCCUCAUCUGCAGCCUGGGCUCCUUCAUGGUCAUCCUGGUGGGGCUGCUGCGCUACGCCCACCUCCUGGAGCGCCUCGGGCCGUCCCUCCUCAACACCCUGGGGCUGGCCACCGGCUGGGUCUGCGCCGCCGGCCUCAUCAUGGUCGGCAAUUUCCAGGUGGAUCACGCCAAGGUGCUGCACUACAUUGGGGCGGGGGUGGCCUUUCCCACCAGCAUGCUGUUCCUGCUACUGCAGUCCGUCCUAACCUACCGUAUGGCCAAAACCCGUGGGCAGUACUGGACCGGCCACUUACGUAGCAUCCUCACCACCGUGGCCUUCAUCACUCUUGUCUUCAGCGGUGUGUUCUUCAUCCAGGAGAGCUUCGUGCUGCAGCAUGUGGCCGCCCUGUGCGAGUGGAUGUUCAUCAUCAAUGUCCUGGUCUUCUAUGGCACCUUCACCUUUGAGUUUGGGGCCAUCUCCACAGACACCUUCCUGGUCCUGCUGAAAGCCAGCCGGGCCCCCAAAAGUUACAAAGGCGAAAGUGGCGUGUCCAGCACGGCCCACAUCCACAGCCGUGUGGAGGGCCUGGCCAUGGCCUGACCCUCACGGGGGGUGGACUCAAGGCUCACGGCAGGGACCACCAAAUUGGGCUCUGCUGGUGACUCCCCUGUCCUGAAUGUCUCCAAGAUCCUGGCUGCCUCUGGGUGUGUGUGUGCAUGCACACGUGGGCGUGCGGUGCCAUCUCCUUCUAGUGGGAGCUGUGGCCAGGGCUCCUCCAGCAGCCAGUGUCCCCUGUAGGAGCUGCCCCCUCCCUGCCCACAGGGUUUGGGGUCACGGCUGGGCUGCAGGGAUGCCAGCCCGGUGCUGGUAUCGGCAGAGCUGGGAUCUGCCCCUGAGCCUCUGGGGUUGCCCCGUCCGAGUCAGGGACUGUUGUAGGCAAUCAUACAGAGGCCCCCUUCUGUGAGGGAUGUGGGGGCGCAGGGGGCUCACCCUCCCCUCACCACGAAGACCUGGUGCGCUGGGGAGGGAGGAUGGCUGUUCCUCCCUCCUCCGCAGCCAUGGGGGCAGACUUAGGCAGGGCAAGCCUUCCAGCCGGCACUCUGACUGUCAGAGGAGCCAAAAACCCAGAGUGCCUUUUACCUUCCUCGGCAGGUGAUGGCAGUGCCGGUCUCUCUGCACCUCCAGUGAGGAUGGCAGCGGGGGUCUUUCCCUGCCUGCAUGGGGGUAGUGCCUUACGCUGCUGCAGGAUGACACCAGCAGCCCUGGUGGGACCCUGCUGGCCCUCCCAGCCAGGGCUCUCGCUGCUCAGGGCCUUCCGUGCCUCCAGUUGAUGACUUUCCCACAUUUGUUGAGCUUGGAGGAGAAUUGCUGAGGCAGGUUUCACCUCCUGGGCCACGGCAUUCCUGUUGCUCCCUGGCAGUCGCCUAGGUUAGGAAACGGGUCUCCGCAUUUACCGUCACACCGGAGAUGUCCUGCAAGCACAGUGUCUGCAGAGCGGCAGAUUUCCCCUCCAUAGCACUGCCAGCCUAAACUGUCCUGCUGGGGAGCCUGCACGCCUCAGCUGCCAGCCCUCCCACCCGGGGAGGACAGGCACAGAAAGGGGAAGCGCUGUCUGUAGGAACAGAGGAAGCGCACGCCCUGUUCUGCUGGGACUCCCAAAUCCGUCCUCCUGUGCCUUCCCCAGCGCCUGCCUGGUGAGAGCCUGUCCUGCUCAGCCCCAGCCUCCUCGGGCUGAGUCCCAGCCUGGCAUCGCACAGGCGGGGAUCUGGGGGUGCUGAGGGUGAGUGUAGAGAGGGAUGAAUGAGUGUGUAUGUGCGUGUAUGUAUGUGUGUGUAUCUAUAGAUCUACAUAUAUAUAUAUACACGUAUAUAUAUAUAAAUUUUCCAUUGUCCCUGAAGAGGGGCAUUUGCUGCUGCUGUGCACAUUGAUCAGGUUGGGCUUACUAAUUUGCCCACCUUUUCAAAAUCGGCCUAUAAAUCCACCAGUAUAUGUAGUUCGAAGAGAAGCAUUUCUGACUUUUAUAUCUAAUAUAUGUUUAAAAAAUAUAUAAAGAGAGAACAGUGAAUUUACAAUAAUAAAAGUGAAAAUCA